AUGUGUCAGGGAAAUCCAAUACUACGCAUAUUAGGUUUCACUUUCCUCUUGAUUGCCAUCCUGGCAUCUGGCAUCGGUCUGUUUGCCCCCUUCUGGAUUCGAAACAAAAAAGCUGAUCCUUUCGGGUCGUUCAAAACAGCUGUUGGGAAGGCUGCCGACGACACAUUAGAUAGUUUGAAAGAGGCAUUUACAGGCAAAGAUAAAGAGAAACACAGUGAUGGUGCUCUCCCGUCAACCACCACAAUUCACACUCCGAUGAAAAACCAAAAAUUAACUACUACAACCGUCUGGGAGAUGGAAGUUGACAAUGACAAUCUUGACAAUUUUAAUAUUAAGAAGAAAAAGCGACAAACUGGUAGGGAAUCAACCCUGGCAAAUAUAGGAGGGGUCAUCAUACCCACCCCAAUCAAUCCUCUCGCUGAUUUGCAGUCCACCUCUGCCACCAAGUACGACGACAAGUGGUUCUGGGAAGACACCAACAUGAUCCUUUGGCGCUUUAGCUUAGACGGCAAGUGA